CGCACGCUCGCACACCCGUGCCCGGCCGUCACGCUCUCGGAUGCGCGCCGCAGCGCGCCGGCGGUGGCUUGGCCGCAGCCGGGGCAGCCGGCCCAGCAGCCCGUGGGGUAAUUUGGUGGCCAGGCAAGAGAAGGAGGUCAAGGGAGUCCCCCCGCAGCUCCCCACGGCUGGAGGUAUGCGGUGUCCCCGUCCCUAGAGGCAGCACCCGAGCCCCAGCCCGGCGUUAGCACCCAGAGGGAUGUGGAGCCACAGAGGCAGCGGACCCUGUGACUGACACAGCCCCUCCAGCCCGCAGCUGAAUGGAAAGACUGCAGAAGCCCAGCCUGGCAGCACCAUCUAGUGGCAAAGUGUCCUGGCCAAGCCACUGUCACCUCCCGGGUUGUCCCCUGCCCCGAACCACAACGCUGAAGCAAAGGAGACCCCAGAGCCCACCCAGAAAUACCCCAUCCCCAAGGAUGUUUUGCCCCGCAACCUCUGACCUCCCCUGGGAGCGUCUGUUCCUCCCGUGGGUCCAGCGUCCCCGGAUCGCCCUCCAGCAUCGUGGUGCUUUUCCUUCCUUCCAGGCCAAAAUGGACAAUGAGGUUCUAGGCUACAAGGACCUGGCUGCCAUCCCCAAGGACAAAGCGAUCCUGGACAUCGAGCGCCCCGAUUUGAUGAUCUACGAACCCCAUUUCACCUACUCACUCAUGGAGCACGUGGAGCUACCCCGGAGCCGAGAGCGCUCCCUGUCUCCCAAAUCCAUCUCUCCUCCUCCAUCUCCGGAGGUCAUCCGGGAAUGGCUGGAGAGCCGGACCCCCGGCAGUGCCCCGCAGCCCACCUCUCGCCAGGGCAGCAGCUCGGCCCGCAGCAGUGUACAGCACUUCCACCGACCUGAGACCGACACGACGGAGCUCAACAUAUACAAGAAGCCUCCGAUCUAUAGGCAGAAAGAGCACCAUCCCGGCGCCCACCACGGGAAGCAUCUCAUAGAGGAUUUGAUCAUCGAAUCCUCCAAGUUCCCGGCAGCGCAGCCCCCAGACCCCAACCAGCCUGCCAAGAUCGAGACUGACUACUGGCCGUGCCCCCCGUCCCUGGCCGUCGUGGAGACGGAGUGGAGGAAGCGGAUGGCCUCCAAGAGAGGGGAGGAGGAGGAGGAGGACCUGACGGAGGAGAUGAAGAACCUGCGGGAGCUCCAGAGGCAGGAGCUGAGCAAGGUCACCUCCAACCUCGGGAAGCUGAUCCUGAAGGAGGAGAUGGAGAAAUCUCUCCCUAUCCGGAGAAAAACCCGUUCACUGCCGGACCGGACACCUUUCCACACGUCUCUGCACAUGGGGAGCUACAAGAGCUCCUCACUGCCCGCCUCUGGCAGGAGCACCCUCACCCGGCUGCAGUCGGCAGAGUUCAGCUCGGUGGGCAGCGAGAAGGGAAGUCCGGGCCUGCAGGUAAGCAGUCAUCUGGCUACCGGUGUGGAGACCCAGCGAGAGGGUGAUAACGGCCAGCGUGGGCGCAUGGACAGAGGCAAUUCGCUGCCCAGCAUGCUGGAGCAAAAGAUCUACCCCUACGAAAUGCUGAUGGUGACAAACCGAGGCCGUGUGAAGCUGCCGCCCGGCGUGGACAGGACCAGGCUGGAGCGGCACCUCUCCCCCGAGGAUUUCCUACGGGUCUUCGAGAUGCCCCCCGAGGAGUUCAGCAAGCUGGCCCUCUGGAAGCGCAACGAGCUGAAGAAGAAAGCCUUCCUCUUCUGAGCCCGCCUCGGCCCCGAGCUCAGUCCGUGUCGCGCCGUGUAACCGCUUUAGGGCUCUCAGCCGGUUUUUACUAGGA